AUGAGUGCGGCGCUUCCUUCAAUUCAGCUUUCCGUCGACUAUAACAACCUUUUCAAUGAGAUCACUGAUUUCUUGGUGACUUUCAAACAUAACACGUUGUCUGCCCAGCCAACACGAGACGAGGAUGAGGAUGAAGAUAUGGACGCUGAAAACAUCGAACAGGACUUAUUAGAGAAGGGCCCCAAAUACAUGGCUACACUACAGAAAGUCGCCAAUAGGGAAUUGAAUUCUGUUGUUGUAGAGCUGGAUGAUAUCUUGCAAUACCAGAACGAAAAGUUCCUUCAGGGCACACAAGCGGACGAUCUCGUGUCUGUCAUUCAGCAAAACGCCAACCACUUUACUGAGUUAUUCUGUCGUGCCAUUGACAAUAACAUGCCGCUGCCAACAAAAGAAAUCAAUUACAAGGACGACGUUCUUGAUAUUAUUCUAAACCAAAGGAGAUUAAGAAACGAGAGGAUGCUCUCGGAUAGAACCAAUGAGGUUAGAAAUGAAAACCUUAUGGACAGUACUGUAGACCCGCCUUCUUCCAUGAACGAUGCAUUGAGGGAAGUUGUCGAGGAUGAAACUGAGCUAUUCCCUCCCAAUUUAACUAGGCGCUAUUUCCUUUAUUUCAAGCCAUUAUCACAAAACUACGCUCGCCGUUACAGGAAAAAAGCAAUAAGUUCUAAACCAUUAUCUGUAAGGCAGAUUAAAGGGGACUUUCUAGGUCAAUUGAUUACCGUCAGGGGUAUCAUCACCAGAGUUUCUGAUGUCAAGCCUUCUGUGGAGGUCAUUGCUUACACAUGCGAUCAAUGCGGGUAUGAAGUGUUCCAAGAGGUCAAUUCGCGCACUUUCACUCCAUUAUCCGAAUGUACUUCCGAAGAAUGUUCUCAAAACCAAACAAAGGGCCAGUUGUUCAUGAGCACAAGAGCUUCCAAAUUCAGCGCCUUCCAAGAGUGCAAAAUCCAGGAACUAUCGCAACAAGUGCCGGUAGGCCACAUCCCCAGAUCACUAAAUAUUCACGUUAACGGGACGUUGGUGAGAUCUUUGUCGCCCGGUGAUAUUGUCGAUGUCACCGGUAUCUUCUUACCGGCUCCUUACACCGGCUUUAAAGCUUUGAAGGCGGGAUUACUGACAGAAACUUAUGUGGAAGCUCAAUUUGUCCGUCAACACAAGAAGAAAUUUGCCUCUUUCAGUUUGACUUCUGACGUGGAGGAAAGAGUUAUGAAUUUGAUUGCCUCCGGGGAUGUCUACAAUAGACUAGCUAAAUCCAUUGCUCCAGAAAUUUAUGGUAACUUGGACGUUAAGAAGGCAUUGCUGCUGUUACUUGUCGGCGGUGUCGACAAAAGAGUGGGUGACGGUAUGAGAAUUAGAGGUGAUAUUAAUGUUUGUUUAAUGGGGGACCCCGGUGUCGCCAAAUCACAAUUGCUAAAGGCUAUCUGUAAAAUAUCGCCACGAGGUGUUUACACCACAGGUAAAGGUUCCUCAGGGGUUGGGUUAACAGCCGCGGUCAUGAAGGAUCCUGUUACGGAUGAAAUGAUCUUGGAAGGUGGUGCCUUAGUUCUUGCUGACAACGGUAUUUGUUGUAUUGAUGAAUUUGACAAAAUGGAUGAAAGUGACAGGACUGCGAUUCAUGAAGUCAUGGAACAACAAACCAUUUCGAUAUCCAAGGCCGGCAUCAACACUACUUUGAAUGCCAGAACUUCAAUCUUAGCAGCGGCAAAUCCAUUAUACGGUAGAUACAAUCCUAGGUUAUCGCCUUUAGAUAAUAUCAACCUCCCCGCGGCCUUACUGUCCAGAUUCGAUAUUCUCUUCUUGAUGUUAGAUAUACCAAGUAGGGAUGACGACGAAAAGUUGGCUGAGCACGUCACAUAUGUGCAUAUGCACAACAAACAACCGGAUUUAGAAUUCACUCCAGUGGAACCAUCCAAAAUGAGAGAAUACAUUGCUUAUGCUAGGACCAAAAGACCCGUGAUGAGCGAAAGUGUAAAUGAUCAUGUGGUGCAGGCUUACAUUAGAUUAAGACAAGAUUCCAAGAGAGAAAUGGAUUCUAAAUUUUCCUUCGGUCAAGCAACUCCAAGAACUCUACUUGGCAUUAUAAGACUGUCUCAAGCGCUAGCGAAGUUGAGAUUGGCUGACAUAGUGGACAUAGACGACGUGGAAGAGGCUUUGAGACUGGUAAGAGUCUCCAAAGAAUCACUGUACCAGGAAACCAACAAAUCAAAAGAGGAUGAAAGCCCCACCACAAAAAUCUUCACAAUCAUCAAGAAGAUGCUACAAGAAACUGGUAAAAGUACACUGUCAUAUGAAAAUAUUGUGAAGACUAUAAGACUGAGAGGGUUCACCAUGUUGCAAUUGAGCAACUGUAUCCAAGAGUACUCUUACUUAAACGUAUGGCAUUUAAUCAACGAAGGUAACACGCUGAAGUUUGUGGAUGACGGCACCAUGGAUACCGAUCAUGAAGAUUCUGACGUGGGCACGCCAAAACUCGCACCUCAAGCGGCCGCUUCCGCCGACACAAGCGCGCAAGAUUCUGAUAUCGAUCUACAGGAUGUCUGA